AUGAAAUUACUGUCAACUCCCUUGGGCUCCUUUGUUAUUAGAGCCACUGAAGGUUUGGUCACUGCAAUGAAUUCCUCAUUCUCUCACGGGCCAGUGGUAACCCUGCACUUCAGAAACCAGAGCUUUGCUGGAUUUACCAACACCAAUGGCUCCCACAGCAAGGGCUGCUAUGAGCAACUGUUGAUCUCCACAGAGGUAUUCUUAACCCUGGGCAUCAUUAGCCUCCUGGAAAACAUAUUAGUCAUCACAGCAAUUAUCAAGAACAAGAACUUGCACUCGCCCAUGUAUUUUUUUAUCUGCAGCUUGGCUGUGGCUGACAUGCUGGUCAGCGUCUCCAACGCAUGCGAAACCAUCACCAUAGCCUUGUUAGAGAGCAGGCACUUGUUGGCUGAGGACAGUCUAAUCAAGAGCAUGGACAACGUGUUUGACUCUAUGAUUUGCAGCUCUCUCCUGGCCUCGAUCUGCAGUUUGCUGGCGAUCGCCGUGGACAGGUACAUCACCAUAUUCUACGCGUUGCGAUAUCACAACAUCAUGACGGUGAGGCGUGCGAUGAUCAUCAUCAGCGGCAUUUGGAUGGCUUGCACGGGCUCAGGGAUCCUCUUCAUCGUGUAUUCGGAGAGCACCAUGGUCAUCAUCUGCUUGAUCACCAUGUUCUUCACCAUGCUCACCCUGAUGGCCUCCCUCUACGUUCACAUGUUCAUGUUGGCUCGCCUGCACGUGAAGAGGAUUGCGGCCCUGCCCGUCAACGGUGCCAUCCGUCAGGCCACUAAUAUGAAGGGGGCCAUCACGGUGACCAUCCUGAUGGGAGUCUUUGUCGUGUGCUGGGCUCCCUUUUUCAUGCACCUCAUUCUCAUGAUCUCCUGCCCUUGGAACCCUUAUUGUGUCUGCUUCAUGUCACACUUCAACAUGUACCUAAUCCUCAUCAUGUGCAACUCGGUGGUGGACCCCCUUAUCUAUGCCUUCCGCAGCCAAGAGAUGCGGAAAACCUUCAAGGAUAUCAUCUGCUGUUGCAGCCUACGGAGUCUUUGUGAGCUGACAAGUGAGUAUUAA